AUUCCAACGAAUAAAACAUACAUUAAGUACCUACAAUAAAAUUGGUCUGCGAAAGAAUAUCCUCCUUCGCUCCAGUGUUAAACAUUACGUUUAUAAGACUUUUAAGUCCUUAUUGAUAAGAAGUCUAAGAUGAACCCGAUUAAUGCAAGACCAGAUGACAGUGUUUUAUCAAAAAGAUCAAUGAAAGACAUCUUACCAUCAACAUUCUUUGUAAUGAAAUUUUGUGGUCUUUGGGAACCAUGGGAUUUAAAUCCUUUUUUUAAAGUCGUUUAUACCGCUUUUAGGAUUAUUGCUUUGCUUGCUAUGCUUACGGUUGGCAUAUCACUGGUGUGCCUUAUAAUAUUUACAUCUAAAAACACAACAGAAGUAUUUCUUGAAAAUUGCUUUUUAUUGUUUACGUUAUUUAAUGCUUGGGUUAAAGCGUUAAUACUUUUUCUCAGGAGUAACGAUAUAAAGUGGCUAUUAAAAGUAUUAUUGGAAGAUCAGUGCCAACCUUUUGAUUCUACAGAAAAAGAAAUACAGGAAAAAUUUGACAAAUAUGCAUGGAAGUGUACUCUAUGGUAUUCAAAUUGUGUUGGAAUAUGUACGAUAAUAACGUACUUCGCUAUAUUUUCUAAACAAGGAGAUGAGAGAAUAGAAAUGUUGAAUGUGUGGCGUCCGUAUAACUUAAAAGUGCAUUUAUACUUUUGGAUCACUUGGAUUCAUGAAUUUUUAGGGCAUAUUGUAACAGCCAGUGUUCAUGUAGCUGCCGAUACAUUGAUACCUGGAUUAAUGAUCCAACUAUGUUGUCAACUGAAAUUCUUGCGUCACCGAUUGAACAAGUUUUCUCGUCGGACUGAGGAUUUUUCAAAGGCUGAUGUCGGAAAGCAAAACGUAUUAGAAAGAUAUUUGAUUUCGGCAACUGUUAGACAUCACAAUAUCAUAUAUGAGUUUGCAAACAAAUUGAAUAAAACAUUUGAAGAAGUAUUGUGUAUCCAAUUUUUAAUUAGCGUGAUCGUCAUCUGCUUCACUGUGUUCAAUAUUUCAAAGGGUGGUUCGGCCAAUUAUUCCAAACUUCUAAUGCUUUACUCAUACACUGCUUGUAUGUUAUCUGAACUCUUUCUGUACUGCUUUUAUGGCAAUGAGCUAAUGACUAACAGUAUUGAUUUGCAAGAUGGUUUUGCUCAAGCAAACUGGCUUUCAUUCGAAGAUGAAACUAAGAAAAGUCUUAUCGUUUCGAUGAUUCGCUCUAGGAAUCCAAUUUUAAUUUCUACAUGUUCUGUUAUAUUAGUGAACCUAGAUUCCUUCAUGAUGAUUUUGAAGACUUCUUAUUCUGCAUACACUGUCCUGAAGGAUACCGUAUGAAAAUGUAUUCAGAGGAUGGCACAUCAAAUCUUCAGGCGAUUGAAUGUUAGUGAAAAUAACGGUAGAGGUCUAACAU